CUUCGAGACGUCAUCGCCCCUAUGAAUUCGAGUCAUCCAACCUCUCUGAAGAGAACCACCAUGACCAAAUUCAAGGACCUCCCUCUCGAAAUCUUGGAAAAGAUCACCGCUGUCCCGACUCUUUCCACCGCAGAGCAGCGUUGUGCGCGCGAGACAUGCCGUUUGCUCAAAUCAGCGCUUGACCCAGAAUUCUAUGGCGUCUUCCCCUUGAACUGCGCUAUUAUGGCGAGCAGAGAUGCUCUACAGAUUCUCCAAUCUCUGCAACCAAGUCGGGAAAUGUGGAACAAGUAUGCAAGAGUCUUACACAUUAGGUGGUCGCGCAAGUCCAGCGAGAAGUUCCCUUGUGUAGUUGACCCUCAGGCUAUAAACGACUCAGAACCCGACAAAGACAAGAAGGUUGAGUUGACUACCGAGUUCCUUCAUACGAUGGAUCGUAUUGACGGUGUUCAUUGGGACGUAUCUUUCUGUAUCCCUAUCUGGCUGCACCGAGCCGUUCAAGAAACAUUCGCUCCGCGUUUGCCCGCCAUUACAUCGCUCACCCUCGAUAUGCGCGAAACUAACCCUCGCUUCCUACCGCUUUUCGAUCUCUCUCAUUUCGGCGUAGAAAACGUUCGCAUUCUGCGAUACAAAGGCAUUGGUGGCUAUCCGCCGAAAGAUUCUCAGAUUGGGACCCAACUCGCCCAUGUCGUGAAGAGUGCCAACAGCAACCUGUCCGUGCUUGAUAUACACCGUCUCCACGCCAAUGACUCCAAUCUCGUAUGGAAAGCGCUAAUCGGCCUGUUUGAAAAUCAGGAAGAGUCUCUCAUGCCGGAGCUGAAGCUUGAAGAACUGCGCACCGACACCAUUACCUUCGAGCUCAUUCGCUUCCUGGCCAUGUAUCGAGGAAUAGGAAUCAAAUGUUUGCAUCUGCAAGAAGAUGGUUAUAACUGCGUACUAGGCCGAACAGACUCUCUACUCGACUUAUUCAACCGGCAUAUACUCCCUCGGCAUGCCACUAUUCUACAGCGCCUAUCAUUCGGUAGCGUCUACGAAAGCCGCUGGAGCUUUGGAAACCACUGGGCCAGAAGACUACCACGGCUUAUUCACAAGGGCGGGCUUCUCAAGCUGACCGAGCUGGCUGUGUCGCUAAAUGAAAAGGGUGUGAUCGACCCAAGCGUCUACGGACGUCAAACGCUCGAUAGUGACAACGGCCCGCCAAUGGUGCAUACCCUCCUCAGCCUUGUGCCCUCCUUCCCUCGUCUCGAGCGGCUAUCCAUCUCGAUCUCUAUCCCCCAGGGCUAUCGCAAAAGCAGUGGCUGCGGGACGCACCGCUGGACGCACAUCAGCAGGAUGCGUAAUUCGAUUGUCCAAGACAUCCAAGACUUUCGCCUCGGCCGCGAACAGAGGGCGGCGCUGCUCAGCGAGACGCUCACAAUCGCGGUCUCCUGGGAUAUGAAGGUUUUGUUUGUAUUGGUUCCUGUCCCGAGUACAGAGUCGGAGACUAGAGAAGAAGUGGACGGAGAGUAUAUGUUCAUGAGCGUGAAAGCCAAUUGA